UCGUAGAUUGUCCAUAUUAAAACAAAGAAUAAGCGCCAAAAGUGGUUAAUUUUUCGAAGAACGCGUUUUCAUAGCUUGAAAUAACGGAUUUAUAUCAUUGAUGAUGAAAUAGAUUGAAAAAGAGCGAUGCGAGAGCUGCAUUGAAUUUCAGAAGUUACGUGUCCGCAUUGUUGAUUGGAGUGUGCGUUGUAAACACCACGGUUUUUCAUUCGUUCACUGAAAGGGUCGACAGCAAGGGCACGAUUGUUUCGGUAAUUGUAUCGCCCGGUUCUCGAGUCUCGGUAGUGAAAGCGGGUAGAAGAGGGAAAGAAGCAGAAACUGAAUGAAGUGGAACGUGCUCAUGAAUUUCAUUUGGAAGACAUGAAAACAACGUGAUAGGAGUCUCUAAAUAGAAGCAAGAAAUACAAUCCAGAAGACUGACACGGAUAAGAAGUUAUUCGACCUACAAAAAUGUUGCCAGAGCGAGCUAACAUGAGCCAGCAAUCGACUUCUGAACUCGUCGUUUAUAUCACUCAUGUGGAACCUGACGACAUAUACCUGAAGAUAUGGGCCCAGAUGGACAGACAGACAGCAAUUGCCAUCGAGCAGUAUAUAUUUCCUCUGAUAGAACAGUUUAAUCAAGGAUAUGGCUGCCCAUCUAAAACUAAUAGGUUGAUGGUUGGAUCAUUAUGCUGUGCUAAAUUUCAGACCGAAGGUUACUAUCGAGCAAAAAUAGUCAGUAUACGUCCUGAUGGCAUGAUUGUCGUACAGUUUAUUGACUACGGCAACAUGGAGGCUAUAUCACUGAACGAUAUUCAUCUCUUGGACAAUAUACGUGGAGCAGAACCUCUACAAGCUUAUCCAGUGAUGGCAACUGAAUUUACAUUGCUUAAUGUAUUGCCUGUAAAUGGCGUUUGGGAUAAUAGAACGAUUGAGUCAAUUAAAAAGAGUAUAUGUUACAAUGAAUAUAGAGUAUUGGUUCAAAUGAUGAAUAAUCAUUACCUAAUAAAACUGUGGUACAACAAUGAAGAUUUCAGCGAGUUGUUGGUCAAAGAACGUAUGGCUUUACCAGCCACUUUGCAAGAUAUGUUUAGACCAAAACAUACACCGCAAUUACGAAUGCAACAAAUAUCAUAUCAACAACAAAAUAAGGGCAAUGUGAAUAAUUUUGCAGCUAUGCCAAUGAUGCAAAAUCCAAAUCAUAAUGCCAAUGUACAAGGGAUGUAUCACAAGACUUUUUCUCCUAAUGUAAAUCAACCUAAACAUAUUGCUCAACCGAUACUGCAACAUCCGCCGCCACCACCCAUUCAAGAAGCGCUCGUUUUUAAAUCACGAGUAUUAGAGGUGGGUUCACGUCAUGAUGUGUUCAUAUCGCACGUAGAAGACGGCCCGCAAAAAUUUUCUAUACAAGUUGAAAAUGCGAGAGAUGUACUGACUUGUCUUAUGACUGAAAUAAACAAUCACCCGAAAAAACCAUUGCAAGAACCACCAUUACCAGGAUCAGUUUGCUUGGGACGCUACAAGGAUCCUGGGGGAGAGAGAGUACUAUGUCGGGCGGUUGUAAUGUCUGUUAUGGAACAUAAAUGUAAACUCUAUUACGUCGAUUUUGGCCAUACAGAAGUUUUACCAUAUACAGACAUUUUUCAAUUGCCACCUGAAUAUAUUAAUCCCAAGGUGCUCUCUAUUCGAUUUACCUUAAGCGGCUUAAAAGAAUUAAUUAUCACACAGAAGAUGAAAGAGUAUUUUAAGGAACUAGUGUAUAGAAGAUUACUUAUUUUACAUGUCCGUCCACCAGAAGGACCACCGUUGAUUCAGUAUGGCGACUUGUACGAUAAUGGUGUCAAUGUAAAGGAUCUGUUGAAGAAAGCAUUCCCAGAACCAGCUGCAAUAGUACCGAUAACAUAUUCGUAUCCACAAUUAAGACGAUUAACAAAAGAUUUCCAGGAAGUUAUAUACGUUUCGUACGUAGAAUCGUGUAAAAAAUUCUUUGUGCAACUUGACAGUGGAGUAAAAUCUCUCGAGUCAAUAAUGGCUGGCUUGACGCAAUAUGCUAAAACUGCAUCUACCUUAAAUAUAGCACAACUGAAAGCAGGACAACCCUGUGCAGCUCUAUAUGAUUCACAAUGGUAUCGUGCACAAAUUCUUGGCAUUGUUGGAGACAAAGUCAAAGUAGUAUAUGUUGAUUAUGGAAACGAAGAGAUAGUAUCUGUAAUAUCUCUUCGUGUAAUUCAUGAUGACUUAGUAACAAAAUUGCCUGCACAAGCUAUACAGUGUGCGUUGAAUGGUUAUGAGGUGCUUUCAUUAGAUCAGGAAGUCUCCAAUCAUUUUGAAAGAUUGACACUUGAGAAACGUUUUUAUAUGAAAGUAGUUGCUGCACAACCCAAUGGCCUAUUAGUUGAUUUAUUUGAAUUUGAUACAAUGAGAAGUGUUCAUCCUCAAUUAUUAAACAAUUUAUUCUGCGAUAAAACUGAAAAUUCUACAAGUUCGCGAAAUGAAGAAGUUCAGCAUUCUGUAAAAAAUGAAAGUGAAGAUAAAGACAAAUAUAAUAAAAGAAGUAACAUGGAUUCUUGGAAUCGCAAUCAAAACGCUAAGCCUUUCCAAGACAAUAAAUCAAGUAAUUGGAGAGAUGAAUCGUCUCAAGAAAAACAAUAUGAUAAUCGACGUGAAAGAAGCGGCACUUAUUCCUAUCGUGACAGUUCACAGAACGAUCGAUUUAUUAGAGAUAAACUAACGAACAAUAGAUUUGAUAGAGAGAAAUCAUAUAACAAACACGACGAGAGUGAUGGAAAUUCAUUUAACAGAGAUUCAUUUAAUAGAGGAACCUCUCGCGAUAAUGGAAAUAGAUUCUCUGGUAAUGAAAGGAGAUACAACCGUUACAAUUCUGAUAAAAAUAGCGAUAAAGAUUCAGAUACUUCGUCCAAAGAUAAUGAUAGACGAGGGAAAAGUGGUUUUAAACGUAAUGAUUUUAACGAUAACCGAGGAGGAAAUCGCAAUGGUGGAGCAUCGGACAGGUGGCAAACUUCAAAUUGGAAUGACAAAAAGCCAUCUUAUAAGGCUAAUUACAGAAACGAUAAAUUUAAUGGUGAUGACAGUAAUAAUAAAUUCAGGAAAGAAAAUAAUACAAGUGACGUUACGUAUAAUCAGACAACUGAGUGUGAAUCACGGAAAAAAAAUAAUCUAAACAAUAGACUACAGGACAAUAUUACUGCUAGCAAAAAAUCGCAACUCAUGAAAAUUGAUAUUACUCUUGGUUCCGUGAAGAAUUGCGAACUUGUGUUUCUUAAUAGUCCGUUGGAUUUUUUUGUUCAGUUAAGUCCUGAGUGCUUAGAACUAAAUUCUGUUAUGGAACGUAUAGCUGCAAUUUAUGAGAAUGGUGGAGAUACAAUGCAAGCUUCCGAGAUACAAAGCGGUAUAUAUUGUAUUGCUCAAUACUCAGAGGAUCUUAAAUGGUACAGAGCGGUAAUCAAAUCUGUAGAAGAGAACAGCGCGACUGUGGAAUUUGUUGAUUAUGGAAAUACCGAAUUAGUCAACUUUAUGAACAUCAAAGUCAUUUUAGAAGAAUUUCUAAAACUACCAAUGCAAGCGGUACAUUGUAAAUUGCUCGGAUUGACAAAUACAGGCAAUGAGGAAGAGCAACAUGCGAUUUUCUUGGAGAAGACUGACGGGAAAUCUUUACAGGCGGAAUUUGUUUUUGAAGAAAACGAAAUGUAUAAAGUACUGUUACAUGAAGUUGUUGAUGAUGUAUCGAAUAUUAAGUAUAUAAAUGAAGAGUUUUGCACAAUCGCAGAUUUAACAAAAGCGAAACAAACUGCAACAAAUAAAAAAGCAUUUAAAACUGUAACAGAAAACAGAAUGGUUACAAAGUAUGCUUCUCCUGACUCAAAAUGGCAAACAACUUUAUAUGAGCCUGAAUCUAAACAUGAUAUAAUCGUGACAUGGUUUAUUAAUCCUAAUAAGUUAUAUUGUCAAAUAUUAUCUAAAGAAACAGAAUUUAAAACAAUGAUGAGCGAGAUUCAAAAAACUUAUACUAGUAAUAGUAAAUUUGUAACAUAUAAAUUGGAGUACUAUAAUCGAACAGUCAUAGCUAUAUUUUCUGAAGAUAAAGCUUUCUAUCGAGCGGAAGUUGUGAAUAUUGAUACUUUAAUGGAUACAUACGUAGUUCGGUAUAUAGAUUUUGGAAAUUGCGCAAGCGUUGAUCGACGUAAUAUUUAUCCUGUUGAGAAAAAAUUCAUGCAGCUGCCUAAAUUAGCAGUGCUUUGUUCCUUAAAAGAUAUUGGACCUAAUAAUUCGAAUUGGUCCGGAAUGGAUAAUAACGCGCUCGAUGCAUGCUUUAACGCUGACAAAUAUGAAUGCACAUUCCAUAGUUUUAGUGACGAUCUAUAUGUAAUUUCAUUAAAUCGUAAUGGACAAGAUGUGGGUAGUAUGUUAAUACAACAAAAUCUUGCUGUCUCUAUAAAAAUUGAAACAGUUAGUGAAAUAUCUAACAUAAAAGAAAAAGAGUUCAAUGAUGUAGAAAGAGUAGACAUAAGUCUCUUGGGUGGUCAAACUCUCAAAAUGAGAAUUUCUAAUGUAGAAAGCACAGCACAGUUUUAUGUUCAGCUUCCAUCUGCUAUAAAAUGUGAAAACAUUGUCGAUCAAUAUAUGACUGAUAAAGAUACAAAGGUGAUGCCGCGAUUAUCAACCCGCGAAUUAUGUCUUGGCGCGGGUUGUUUAGUCAAUACAAAUGGAACAUGGAGGCGAGCUGUAGUGAUUAACUGUACACGGUCCAACGGGUUUGAUGUAAAACUCAUUGAUACCGGGAUGUACGAUGAAAUUUUGGAUAAUGCUUUGGCUCUACCUGGAGAGCUCGCAACCAUGCAAAACCAAGCAUUAGAAUGUUCUCUACAAAAUGUAACAGCAUCGCCCAAUGCAGAUAAACAAUUGAAAGAACUUGAAGGCACAGAAAUAUUAAUUUAUGUGGAAGAAGUCAAUAAUAGCAGACUUAUCGUAAAAUUGUACGAUCUAUUCGGUAAUGGGAUAAUUAAUACCGAAGAGAAAAUACCACCCGUAUGUGCAAUGCCCAUUUUAAGUUCAACUCACAAUGUCUUUGUAUCAUAUGCGGAUCAUCCUACUAACAUCUGGUUGCAACGAUAUUUGGAUGUGGAUCUUGAGACUAAACUAGCGAGAGAUCUUCAACAAUAUUAUGCUAGUUCUGGACAAAAUCUUAAACCAGAAAUUCAUUUAUUAUGCGCGACGAAAUAUUCAGACGACGGCCAAUGGUACAGAGGGAAAAUCAUUAGUCUUACCGAAACGACGGCCUAUAUAAAUUAUAUUGACUACGGCAAUUCGGAGAAAGUUGCCCUAGACUCACUCAUGGUUUUGGAACCGCAAUUUUAUGAACCCCCCCAAUUAGGUAUAAAUGUAUCGUUGUCCAUAUCUCUUACUGGCACUGAGGCUGAACAGAAAGAUAUAUUGCAAACUCAUUUGAUGAGUAAAGAUUUUGUGGCUACAUUUUAUAACGUGCACAAAAAAUGGGUCGUCGAUUUAACUGAAAACGGAGAAAAACUCAGCGAUAAAUUCCGUUCGUUGAAUUUAGUAGAAAUAGAACAAACAUUUGAAUCAGCACCUCAACUAGCAUCUCAGAUACACGAAACAACACCUGGCAGAUUCGACGUAUGUGUAUCUCAUGUGGAUUCUCCAAGUCAGUUCUGGUUACAGUAUAUGGAUAAGAUUACAGCUCUUAAUGAAAAACAACAACAACUUCAGCUAGAAGUUUCCAAUUUUUUGACGAUAGACGGUAUACCGGAAGAAGGCACUUUGUGUGUUGCCGUUUAUACGAUUGAUGAUCUCUGGUAUCGCGCGGAGGUAUUAGAUGCAGAUGAAGAUAUCACAACUGUCCGGUUCAUAGACUAUGGUAAUACUGAUGUCAUAGAUAACAAGGCGAGUAACAUUCGACAGAUACCAGACGACUGGAAGAACUUAGAAAUAUUCGCAUUUAAAUGCAGACUUGAUGUUAUUCCUGUAGAUACAGAGGAUUGGAGCGAAUCGACUUGCGAGAGAUUCCAGAACAUAGUAACAUCAGUGGAGAGUCUUCAAGCUCUGAUAGUAGCAGAUACUAUGCCUAAGCGCGUAGAACUGUUCAUAGACAACAAGAGCGUUAGCGAGACAUUAGUCGAAGAGAAACAUGCAAUCAUAAUUAAUAUCGAGCAGGAACUCGUAAAUGAGAUAGUCGAUCUUGAAUUGGAUCCGCACUCAGCCUUCGUGUGCCACAUUAAUUCACCGAGUGAGUUUUGGGUUCAGGAAGAAAAAUCAGUUGCCGAUUUAGAAGUGAUGGUGGAUAGAUUCAUGGUCGCCGAUAUGUUCUCGAAGAUUGAAGAAAGGAAAGAAGGUUUGCUGUGUGUCGCCAAGUAUCCUGAGGACGAACAGUGGUACAGAGCGCGCAUUGUCUCUCAUGACGAUAACGGCACGCAAGUCAUAUACAUCGAUUACGGAAAUUCUGCAAUAUCCACCGAAAUUCGUACCAUUCCAGAAGACUUAGCGAGUAUACCGCCUUUGUCGCGAAAGUGCUGCUUGGAAUUGCCAUCGCAAGUCGCGGAAUGGUCUGAGCAGGCACGUGAAAAAUUCGUCAAAUUGGCCGCAGACGGCGCGACAAUUUUCCUCCUAGACGUUCUGAAAGACCAAGAAACAUCAUUGGUGAAACUAACCCUAGACGGUCAAAAUGUCGCUGAUAUUCUUGGUAAUAUGUGCGAACAGAAUUUGCCAGUUAUAGAGGAGAGAUUGCCACCGCUCGGUGAAGAGAAUUCGCCGAAUGUGAUGGUCAGUCAUAUCAACUGUCCAAACGAGUUCUGGAUUCAAGCCGAAAGCAGUAUAAGCGAACUGGAGGUAAUGUCGGAUCGUUUACGAGAUGCGGAAAGUUUUCUCACGUUGAACAACCUCGAUGUGGGCAUGGUCUGUGCAGCUCGAUAUCCCGAGGAUGGUUAUUGGUAUAGAGCAAAGAUAGUCAGGCAUUGUGAAGAGGGUACGGAGGUCCUGUACAUGGAUUACGGCAACUCUGCGGUUACGGAGGAAUUGCGAGUGCUGCCGGAGGAUAUCGUGAAUAUUCCAAUCUUAUCGAAACUAUGCGCGCUGGAAAAACCAAACAACAUUGUUGAAUGGAGUGAAAAAGCUUGCGACAAAUUUAAGGAACUCGCUGCUGAAGGAGCCACGAUGUUCCAGUUUGAAAGUCUCGACGAGGACGAUCCGAUGCACGUUCGAUUAUGCCUAAACGGAACAAAUGUUAUUGAUCUUUUAUCUGAAUGCGAAAAUAUUCCAGAAGUUAUAGAAAUAAUCGAAACAGAUGAUGAAAAUAUUGCUGAAAAUAAUAUCGAUAUGGAAAUACAAGAAACAAUGUCACAUGAAUAUCAAUUAAUAAAUGAUAAAGAAACAGUAUUAAAUCAAACGGAUGAUGUGGAAUGUAUAAAUCAAAUGAAAAAGCUUGAAAUUAAUGAAGUAGCAUCUAAUGAAUUGACUAACUCUGAUAUAGAUGAGAAAUGCGAAGACCAGCAAAUUGCAAACUUUAGCGAAAUUAAAAAGAACAUAGAUGACAGUUCUGAAAUUACAGCAGUUGAAUGUACUUCCUCAAUGUUGAAAGAUAUUAUCAGCGCAGUCGUAAUGGAGAAGGGUUUAGAUGUCACGGUUAGAAAUGAAACGAUUUCUAAUGCAAUUACUUCUAUCGAACCAUAUUUGACAUCCUCGUCCAAUGUAAAAGAACUUAGCAUUGACGAAAUAAUUGAAAAUAUGAUAAAAAAUGCCACUGACGAUUUAGAAUCACAGAAAAUCGAUGAUGCAAAUUUAUUAAAUACAAGAAGAGACAUUGAGAAUUUGGAAUCGAACAAAGUUUUAUCUGUAACGACUGAAGCACAGCCUCAGGACACGCAACUUCAUACUAGUCAAGUUCAGAAUGUGGAACAAGAAAUAUGCAUUAAGAUGGAAUCUGAUGCAAACGAAUCUUCAAAAUCCGAAAUUUUAGAAAUGGUAUCACGCUUGCCAAAAGAACAAAUCAAUCUCGAACAGAUUCAAAGGCAAAAUCCAACAAAAAACGAAACCAUUCCUGAAAGUAUAAACAAUAGUUUGGAAAGUCAUUCUGAGAACACAGAUACGAGUCACGCAGAUUCUUCCUCGGGAUUAUCUUGUACAGCGGAAUCGCCCAUAAUUAAGACUGAGCCAAUUAUGCAACAUAGUCAUUCAGAAAAACAGUCAGAGGAUAUACUUUGUGUUUCCGAAGGCGAGUCAUCUAAGUUAAAUGAAAGCAAAACAGAAGCAAAAUGUUCUUUGACACCAAAAAUAUCACAUUCGGAGAAAAUUGUAACCGCUGUCGUGAAUCCCUAUGUACAAUCAGUCCUCGACACAAACGAAACUGACGAGGUACUCAGUAUCUCCUUAGAGGACAACAUUCCUAAAUAGAUGGUAUAAUUUUAUAACAUAGCGGAUACGUAUUGCAAAUUUAUAUGUACUUACGCAUUAUGUACGUACGUAUAAACUUACAGUAUAAGAAUUUGUAUAACAUAGGUUUUCUAAAAGAUCACUUUUAUUUGUUGUAUUUUUCUUAUUAUGUUUACAUAAGUAUGUAAUGCAUAUUUAGUAAAAAAGCUGUACAUAACGUAUGGCAAAAGUUUAAUUUUUUCUCCUUUUUAUAAACGACACAAAUAUGCCGUGUUUCUUAUAAAUUUACUACACGUUGCUACUAUGAUAUACGUCACACCAAAUUAUACAACCAAAGAUUUUACUUAAUCAAUAACUGAAUUACGUUUUUAUAUCUGAUGCUAAUUAACUCGUUUAUAAUAUCGAAUAAUAAUUGCUAUUCUAUCUUGAAUGAUGAUUAUUGUUCUAUCUUGAAUGAUAAUUAUUGUUUUAUCUUGAAUGAUAAUUAAUGUUCAUGAUUUUUUAAAAUUAUCAUCCAAUUAAAACAAUAUCUUUCCAGUUUUUGCUUUCAAUUUGAGAUAACUAAAUUUGUCUUUGUUCAAACAACAUUAUUACAAUUAUAUAUUCAAUUUUUUUUAUCAAUAUAAUAAACAAACUAAAGUAUUAUUUCUUUGACAUACAUGUUUGGCAACUAUAUAUAAUCAAAUAUUUGGAGCAAUUUUUAAUGCCAUUUCUUAAGAAAUGAAAUAUUUAUGCAGUUAUUUUUUUUCCAUGAAAUGCAUUCUUUAAAAAAAUAACAUUUACAAAUUAUUUUUAUAACAUUAUAAUUACGCAACAUAUAAAACGCAACAAUAGUAUUUAAACGUGAUGCAAUUUGAAGUUUCUUUGAGCAUUGUAAGAAAAAGAAAAGCUGCUUUUUGUGUCGUUAUUAUGUUGUGUACAUUUUCCUAUAUAUUGAAACUAUGUAUACAUAAAUACUAAAUCAAA